UCCUCCCGGAGGAACAGUGCGGAUUUCGACCCGGGCGAUCCACCGUCGACAUGCUGUUCGUCGUGCGGCGCCUCCAGGAGCUCGAGCGGAGAAAGAAUAUACCACUCUACAUGUGCUUCGUCGACUUGAACAAGGCGUAUGAUUGGGUGGACCGAGAGAUGUUGUGGAACGUGCUGGCCAGGGCCGGGAUUCCCGCGAAGCUGAUCGAAGUCAUCCGCCAAUUCCACGAUGGAAUGCGGGCCCGGGUGCGCAUGGACGACGGAGAACUAUCGGACUGGUUCUUCGUGACACAGGGCGUGCGACAAGGAUGUGUGCUAUCCCCACUGCUGUUCAACAUCUUCUUCGCCGAGGUCCUCGAGGUCGUUGUCAUCCGAUUCAGCGAGGAUGAUGUUGUUCUGCGGAGCCUGGUGUGCUUGGAGGAGGGGAAGACGGAAGCGGGGGGCGGGAGGAGACACCCCUUAACCGAGUACGGAGGGCAGUAUGGGGGAUGCUGUAUGCCGAUGAUGCCGGCGUCGUAUCGAGGUCUGCAGAAGGACUGGCGAGAAUGAUGACCAUCAUCGGUGAGGUGUUCGGGGAGUUCGGGCUAACGGUGUCGGAGAAGAAGACGGAGACGCUCCUGAUGCGCGCAAAGGACAAGCCGACUACAACAUCACAGCCCACCCCGCCUCCACCACUGACCAUCGAAGCCGCGGGACAGAAACACGCCCAGACGACCGAGUUCCGGUACCUCGGUGGCCUCGUCAACGAACAUGGCGACCUCACCCGGGAGAUCAACUACAGGAGCAGAGGAGCGUGGGCGUGCCUCAGGCGAUAUGGCCGGGAGCUCUUCGACAGGACGUAAGCGCCAUUCCGAUUCAAGAUCCGCCUGCUCCAGGCGGAGGCGAUGGAGGCACUGCUGUACGGCUUCAUGACAUGGUCACCACUC